AUGGAUGGGGGGGCAUCUCUGGGGAACUGGCACGAGGCUUAUGAGGAACGGCUCCUACAUGCUGGCCAGGUCCUCACCGGCCAGGCCCGUCAGACGCUGCCUCCUCCCCCUGGGUGCAGAGAGCGGCGGGACGGUGGGGAGGUGGCUCUGGCCCUGCUGGCUGCAAGCACCCUCAUGCUUGGGGACCUGGCCCAGCUGGCCGGCGUCCGGGGGAGCUUUGGGACGGGGCUCCUGUCACGGUCAUUGGGCCGAGGCGAGGGUUUGAUGCCUCUGCACAGUGAUGAGCAGAUGUCACCUGCGGUGGCGGUGCCAGCACAGGUGCUCAUCCAGGACAUCUGGGCGACUCUGUGGCAGCCGCUGUGCCAGGUGCGCUCCAAGUACAGAGUGUACCGCCGAGGAAGUGGCACACAGCCUGGCCCCCUGAGCUGGCGGUUCUCGGGGCUGUGUGUUGCUGGGGGAGUGGCACCCGCCCAGCACCCUCACUCCCUCCUGGCGUCUGCCAUGCUUGUAGACAGAGUCACUGUUCUGACCCGGCCCUGGGCCCGGCCCUGGGCCUCCCACGGAGGAGAGAGCGCAGGAGACGCGGGCACUUACACUGCCCGGCCCUGGGCCUGCUGCUGCCUUCAGCUGGAGUCCGCUUACUUUAGAUGGACAGUGCAUUUUUCUCCUGAGAAACCCGGCCCUGGGCAGGCGCCGUGGCCCGCGGACGCCCUCCUGCCGCAGCAGCCCUUUCCUGGGGCGACACGGUGCUUCGGGACGUGCCGGAAGUCUAAAGCAAAGCCCAAUGGAAAGAAACCUGCCGCGGAGGAGAAGAAGAUGUACCUGGAGCCAGAGUACGCCAAGUCCAGAAUCACUGACGUUGGGUUCAAGGAGCUGGUGGUGCUGCCCCGGGAGAUCGACCUCAACGAGUGGCUGGCCAGCAACACCACCACGUUUUUCCACCACGUCAACCUGCAGUACAGCACCAUCUCUGAGUUUUGCACAGGAGAGGCAUGCCAGACGAUGGCCGUGUGCAACACACAGUACUACUGGUACGAUGAGCGGGGGAAGAAGGUCAAGUGCACCGCUCCCCAGUACGUCGACUUUGUCAUGAGCUCUGUGCAGAAGCUGGUGACUGAUGAGGACGUGUUCCCCACGAAAUACGGCAGGGAAUUCCCCAGCUCCUUCGAGUCUCUGGUGAAGAAGAUCUGCAAGUACCUGUUCCACGUGCUGGCGCACAUCUACUGGUCCCACUUCAAGGAGACCCUGGCCCUUGAGCUGCACGGACACUUGAACACACUCUACGUCCACUUCAUCCUCUUUGCCAGGGAGUUCAACCUGCUCGACCCCAAAGACACCGCCGUCAUGGACGACCUCACGGAGGUGCUGUGCAGCGGCGGAGGCGGCAGCGGCGGGGGCCCGGGCGGGGGCUCACCUCUCCUUCACGUGGUUCUGUGCCCCCGCGCCCCCGCCGCCGGC